AUGGUCCCGUCAAUUCUGGGGAAACCCGUCCAAUUCGUCCUUGAUGUCGCAGCAGGCCGGCAUUCUUUGUCCAGAGCCAUCCCUCCGCUGCUGUUAGCCCUAGACGGUCUGCUCUGUGGCCUAAUCAUCAAAAAGGUUCCCUAUACCGAGAUUGAUUGGACGACGUAUAUGCAGCAAAUAAAACAAUAUGUCACUGGCGAACGCGACUACACCAAAAUCACCGGCAGCACCGGUCCUCUGGUCUACCCGGCAGGCCACGUCUACAUCUACACUGGCUUGUAUCACUUGACGGAUGAGGGAAGGGAUAUCUUGUUUGCGCAGCAAUUGUUUGGUGCACUCUACCUGCUCACGCUAUACUUUGUCAUAGCAUGCUACCGAAAGGCAAAGGCUCCACCCUAUGUUCUCCCCCUUCUCGUCGCAUCGAAACGUUUACACAGUAUCUAUGUGCUUCGCUGCUUCAACGACUGCUUCGCCGUGUUCUUCUUCUGGCUCGCCACCUACUGCUUCCAGCGCCGCGCUUGGUCCCUCGGAGGCGUCUUCUACAGCUUUGGACUGGGCAUCAAGAUGUCCCUUCUUUUGUCCCUACCGGCAGUCGGUAUCAUUCUCCUCCUCGGCCGCGGUUUCGCAGGCGCGCUAAACGUCGCAUCGAUCAUGGGCCAGCUCCAGGUCGCUAUCGGUCUCCCAUUCUUGUCCAAGAACGCAUGGGGGUAUCUUAGCCGAGCAUUCGAACUUUCGAGACAGUUCAUGUUCAAGUGGACUGUCAACUGGCGCUUUGUUGGCGAGGAGAUUUUCUUGAGCAAGGAAUUUGCCAUAACGCUGCUCGCGCUCCACGCCUCGGUAUUGCUGGUCUUUGUCACGAAGCGGUGGCUCAAGCCUGCGAACAAGAGCAUUGGCGGACUCAUCGCGCCGCUCCUCUCCGGGCGGCCAAUCUUUGCGGCGGAAGAGGCCCAAGCGGCGGCGCGUGCAGUCACGCCAGAGUAUGUCAUGACGACGAUGCUGACGGCCAACGUUGUUGGGAUGCUAUUUGCGCGGUCGCUGCACUACCAAUUCUAUGCCUAUCUAGCCUGGUCAACCCCGUAUCUGCUCUGGCGGAGCGGAAUCCAUCCCGUGCUUCAAUGGGGGCUGUGGGGCCUGCAGGAGUGGGCGUGGAACGUCUAUCCGAGCACGCCGGUAAGCUCUGGCGUCGUCGUGGGCGUAAUGGCUAUCACAGUUGGGGCGGUUAUGGUGGGGGCAAAGGCGGAGUUUAGGCCCCAGGUACCGGUCGCCAAAAAGGUUGAAGCAAAGCGCUGA